UCUAGCAGAACUGACGCAGCGAAUCUGUGUGGCACUCCAGAAAUCCGUCCAGUCGACUGAACCUCGGAGUGUCCAGUACAGAAGAUGUUGUCCUGUCGUCUCCAAUGCGCUCUGGCGCUCCUCUCCGUCGCUGUGGCUAUCGGUAGCAUUUCAGCAGCACCAUCUGACCUGAGACUCCGGCAGCUUCUUCAAAGAUCAUUAGCUUCCUCGAUGGGAAAGCAGGAGCUCACGAAGUACUCGCUGGCCGAGCUACUGGCCGAGCUCGCGCAGGCUGAGAACGAGGCUCUGGAACCCGACGACAUGUCGCGAGCUGCCGAGCAGGACGAGGCCCGUCUGGAACUGGAGCGCGCUACGGGCGUGAAUCCGGCACUCGCGCCCCGGGAACGCAAAGCGGGCUGCAAGAACUUCUUCUGGAAAACCUUCACGUCCUGCUAACUGGAAGUCCCCGAGACCCCCGAACCGCCCACUGAAAUUUCGUUGUUUAUUUUGUAAAAAAAGAAUGUUCUUUUCACGUCUUAUUUCAGAAACCCAGCUGCAGACUGUAAAUAUAGGAAACACAGACUUGAAAAGACGGAAGGGUAUCAGAAGAACUCUAAUUCACUAAUAUAUGAAAUCUGCUUUGAAUUGUGGUCCAUGUAUAGGUAUUGAAGAUAUGCAUUAUCCAAUUCUGACAGAUACACUAUUUUUAAUUGUUUCAAUAAAAAUAUUUCAGACUCCA